AUGCUUCCUAUACGUUUUUUGUUUCGAAGCGAGUGUGUUAAGAUCGCUCGCCUCCCGGCAGGAACAUUGUACGGAUGCAACGGCAUAAUUGAUACAACAUUGAAGAAGAAGGAAUCCAUUUAUACUGCCUGUCUGUACAUGAAACCGCAGAAGAGUGCAGGCUCAGGUACUCCUCUACCGAAAGAGACCGAAGAAACAUUCAAGACUCUCAAUUCAAUGUACAGCGACAAUGUGGAAUGGAGCGAUGAGUGGGCGAAGAAGGCACUGGAAUAUUUGAAGUCACCUAAAAGUGUAAAGGCUGACGUCAUUAUCAAAGGAAAACAGUCUUUCCCAAAGGACGACAAAAAGGAGAUGUGGGAGAAGUUGCUUGCAAUCCUCGAACAUCGCUUCGAUAAAAGAGUGAAAGAAGUGAGUUCAGAGCAUUAUUAUGGAGUACAAAGUGCAUCUGGCGCUAAGGCGGAAAAUUCACAAGCCGACUGUGUUAAGAUCGAGCUUCUUCCCGAGGGCACGCUGUAUGGAUGCAAUGGUGUCAUAAACACGAAGGAAAAGGAAGAGUCUAUUUACACUGCUUGUCUCUACAAGAAGCCUUGA